AUGUUUAUGUGGAAAUGCUUAUCUAACUGCCUUCCUACGGCAAAGGCGCUGAGAAGCAGAUCUAUUGAGAUCGAUGGCCUGUGCAGAAGAUGUGGUUCUUGUGAGGAAACGUUGGAACAUGCUCUCCGGGACUGUGGGUGGGUUAGCACUCUCUGGGCUGUUUCCCCCAUUCGUCUCCAGCCAGUGACGCAAGGGAUGGAAUUUUCCAUUGUGGAAUGGUUUGACAAGAUUAGAUCCUGCCCUCACAAUGAAGUUCAUGCUCUUUUUGCUUCUCUUGCUUGGGCUUGUUGGUAUGCGAGGAAUCUACUUGUCUUUCAGAAUAAAGAACUUUCACAUAUUGAUUGUUUGAGAAUUGCUGAACGUGCUCUCUGGUCUAAACCUAUAUGUGCUGCUGCUCCUCAUCACUCUGCCCCCACUUUGAACAACGAAGGGGAAGGUGUUUGCAAAAUUGCUUCGGAUGCUGCUUUGAAGGAGGGAUCGGGUGUUGGGAUUGGAGCUGUACUGAGGCAAGAGGAUGGCCAGCUGAUGGGUUGCAGGGAGAAGGGUGUGCGGGAGGUGUUUGCAGAAACGGAUUGUCAACAACUCUACUGGAUGCUCGCUCGACAAGAUAGAGAUCUUUCCUACCUGGGUGACACCCUCGAAGAAAUUCACUUAUUGAAAGGUUCGUUCCAACGAUUAGCGUUCAGCUGGACGCCACGUGAAGGAAAUUCCACUGCUGAUUCUUUAGCUUCUUUUGCUCUUAGUUCUUUGUGUUGCUUGUCUUCUUUUGAUGUUCUUCCUGCUGCUGUGAACUCUCAUUCUUGA